CAUGCUUUCGUUUUCGCCAUUUUUAUUGUUUAUAGUUUUGAGUGAGGUUUUUGGACUGUUUUUGUUCGGAAUUCGGAAGUAAUUUAUUUGGCCAAACGGAAUCUUUAUAUUAUAUAUAAUUAGACACCAAAUCAAAAUUGCUAAAACCUUGAUUUAAAAUAUUUCGACCGAUAAUUGCUCCUAGUCAAGGAAAUAGUCAAAUUGGAAAGUGUGGUAAUUUUUAUUCUAAAAUAAUGGGAAACAAUAAGAAUAAUAAGAUACCAAAAGGAUGGCUGGGAUGUCCGGAUAAUGGAUCGUCUUUAAUUGCUCGUAGAUUCAUGCCCCUUAAGACACCCCUAAAUGAUAAAUACUUAAACAAAGUACCACCUGGUAAUGAAUACCCACCGAGUGAAAUAUUUGAAAGGGCUGAAAAUAACCGGGUUAACAUAGGUCUGUGGAUAGAUUUAACUAAUACAGACAGAUAUUACGAUAAAAGCGAAAUCGAGUCGCGAGGAUGUCAAUACGUGAAAUUAAGCUGCCAUGGUCACGGUACCUGUCCAAGUGUUGGUACCACAAAAAAAUUCAUUGCAAUUGUAAAUGAUUUUGUUGCCAACAACCCUCAAGAUUGCAUUGCAGUUCACUGUACCCAUGGCUUUAACAGGACAGGUUUCCUAAUUGUUGCAUAUCUAGUGCAAGAAUUGCGUUUUGAUGUCCAAGAAGCAGUCGAAGAUUUUGCUGAGAAAAGAUAUCCUGGAAUUUAUAGAGCAAAUUAUAUUAGAGAAUUGUUUAAGCGUUACGGACCGCAUAUUCGAAUGAUUCCUAAUGCUCCACCCCAACCCGAAUGGGCUCGUAAAUAAUUUUACACUACCUCUCUAAGUGCAGGUUUAUUUGCAAUAUGGUCGAUUCUAUGAGUUGAACAAAGAAAGAUUACAAUAACAUUGGUUAGAGUGAGAAAGUUGCAAUCCCACAUUAUUUUCCUCUAUAUGACACUAAUGGAAGUUAUCUUUGUUGCACCCAUAGACCAUAUUGCGUACAAAAUUGCACUUAUGUGUUUAGAAAUCUAUAAUACGAGUACAAAUAAAGUCUAUACUUUAUACAUCAAUUAUAUUAAAAUAUACAUUUUUUU